AUGAAUCUCAGCGCUCUUCUUGGUCUGCUGACCUUUGCGGCAGCAGUCUCCGCUGCUCCCUCCAAGGGCCAAUCGGGAGCUCAUUCCUCGGCUUCUAUCACCAAUCUUAGGAACAAGAUCAAGAAUGUUGUAAUUCUUGAGAUGGAAAAUCGCUCCUUAGACAACUUGCUCGGUGGACAGACGAUCAAGGGACUGGAGAACCCCAUCAACAACGGGCCUUUCUGCAACCCGUACAACUUGACCGAUGCUUCUGCUGGCAAGGUGUGCAGCUCUGCUAAGGACUUUGAUUCUAUCUUGGAUGACCCAGAUCACUCGGUCACCGGCAACAAUAUCGAAUUUUAUGGCACCUUUGUCCCAAGCAACGCAGCCAUUGCUAGUGGCAAGCUCACUCCCAAACAGCAAGGCUUUGUGCACGAGCAGCUGCGCCGUUAUGGGGACGAUGUCAACAAGACAGAAUUGGCCAAGCAGGUCUUGAACUACUACACCGAGGAUGAGGUUCCUGUAUUCACCUCGCUGGUUCAGAACUACCUGACCUUUAACCACUGGCAUUCCGACCACCCAGGUCCCACCAACCCCAACCGUGCCUUCGUUCUAUCAGGUACUUCCGCCGGCCACGGUACCAACGACGAUGCCUUCGACUCAGACACACACGGCCUAACCCAACGUUCCAUCUUCCAACAACUGUCAGAGACCAACCACACCUGGAAGAACUACUACACAAGCACCGACAUGAUCGACGCCUACUUCUUCGACUGGACCUUCACAAGCAACAACACCGACAAAGCCCAGCCCCUAAAGAACUUCUACGCCGACGCAGCAGCCGGCACCCUCCCAGAGUUCUCCUUCAUUGACCCAUCCUGCUGCGGCGUAGGCACAAACUCCAUGCACCCGACUGGCCUAAUCUCCGAAGGCGAAACGCUGAUCAAAAAUGUCUACGAUUCCCUCCGCGCCAGCCCGCAAUGGAAAGAAACCCUCUUCAUUCUGACCUUCGAUGAAACAGGCGGUUUCCACGACCACGUCCCGCCCCCGCUGGCUGCCCGCCCCGAUGACCUGACCUAUACCGAGACCGCGCCGAAUGGCGAGAAAUACACUUUCUCGUUCGAUCGUCUUGGUGGUCGUAUUCCGACUUUGCUUAUUUCUCCUUGGAUUGCGAAGGGCAAGGUUGAGCAGAAGGGAACGAAUUCUGAUGGAAAGGUGGUUUCUUAUUCUGCGUCGUCGAUUCUGCGCACCCUGGGCUAUCUUUGGGAUUUCAAGCCUUUUACCCCUCGUGUGGAAUCUUCCGCUUCGUUUGAGCAUCUUAUUCAGAAGAAGGCUCGUACGGAUACUCCUGUUACUUUGCCCGAGCCUGUGCCGUUUAAGGCGAAGGCUUAA